AUGGCGAUGAUAUUUUGCAACACUCUCUACUCCUCUUCUCCGUCUCUCUCGCCGUUAACGUCGACACGAUCAAAGCCGUCGCGAUUCCCAGAGAGACUCAGAGUUCGAGCUCAAUUCCAGUCGAUGGAGGAUCAAGACGGUCUUCUCCGGCGGAAAUUCAUGGAGUUCCCGUACGUGUCGCCCGCGCGCAGGCAGCUUAUGGUCGAUCUCAUGUCGACGAUAGAGGAUCGCCUCCAGUCGCAGCUCCUCCCCUGUAGCCUCCCGCCGGAUGUACGGAACUUCAAAAACCCUAACGGAUCCGCCGAAGCAUCUCUUCAUAUCAGAUCCGGCGAGAAAUCCUCUCCGAUUGAUUUUGUGAUAGGAAGUUGGAUACACUGCAAGAUCCCAACGGGUGUUUCUCUCAACAUAACGAGCAUCUCUGGAUUCUUAAACUCGUCAACAAAAGCUCCAAACUUUGUGGUGGAACUCAUACAGAGCAGCCCCACGUCGCUUGUUCUCAUCCUCGACCUCCCGCAUCGCAGAGACCUCGUUCUUCACCCUGACUAUCUCAAGGAGUUUUACCAAGACACCGCUCUUGAUUCUCAUCGCCAGUCCCUCCUCAAGCUUCCUGGAAUCAAACCCUAUGUCUCGCCUUCUCUCUUCGUCCGCUCUGCUUUCUCUCCUACAGCUUCGAUGCUCAAAAUCGAUUCGGAGGAAGAGGCAAAGUUGGAGGAGAUCUUGAGAGAUCAUGUGGCUCCGGCUGCUAAGGAAGUUCUCGGGGUUUGGUUGGAGCGGUGCGCGAGGGAGGAAGAACAAGAAGAGAAGAUAGUGAUGGGAGAAGAAGAGAAGAUGGAGCUGGAGAGAAGAGAUAAAAGCUUCAGAAGGAAGAGCAUAGAGGAAGAUUUGGAUCUACAGUUUCCGAGAAUGUUUGGAGAAGAAGUUUCGUCUCGUGUUGUGCACGCCAUCAAAGAAGCUUUCGGUGUUCUCUAG